CAGAUGUGAACAUCCUCUCUUCAUUGUUUAACAUCACCUUUUGUUGUUUUCUGUUGAUGUUUUUCAUGAAGAUUUUAGCUUCUCUAAGAUUUUCCAUUAAGUGGUGUUUAGUUUUCAGAGCCGUCAAGCUGUGGAUGGAGAACCUAACAUUCACUCCUCUCACUCAGCCGAUUGUGUUUGAACUGGAGGGCUUCGACGUUCCACCAGGACAUGGUCCGCUCUUCUUCUUCUUGGCCCUGUUUGCCUACAUGGUGGUGCUGCUGGGGAACGGUGUGGUGAUCUGUGUCAUCAUGACGGACCGGAGCCUGCACAGACCCAUGUUUGUGAUGAUCUGCCACCUGGUGGUCUGUGACCUGCUGGGCGCCACGGCGGUGCUUCCCAGCCUCAUGAUGCACUUCUUGAUGGGGCAGAAGAAGAUCAGCUACCUCUCUGCCAUUAUUCAGGGCUUCUGUGUUCACACAUACGGAGUUGCAAUGCACACUAUCCUGGGAGCGAUGGCUGUUGACAGGUAUGUGGCAGUGUGUGAGCCUCUCAGGUAUCACUCCAUCAUGACUUCGGCUCGGCUGCACAGCUGCUGCGCUGUGGCCUGGAUCGUUGCGCUGCUGCUCAUCGCUGUGCUCUUCUCCUUCCACGUAAAUCUCCCUUACUGCAGGCGAACCAUUCAGCACGUCUACUGCAGCAAUAAGUCCAUGAUGAAUCUGGCCUGCGCUCCGCCUCUUAUCAGCAACAUCUACGGAUUAUUCAUCACCUGGUUUGUGAGUACAGGGAUGUUCGUCAUCAUCGCUUAUUUCUACAUCAGGAUCCUGAGAGCUGCUGUGAAGCAGGGCAGGAGUGACAGCAGCAUCCGUACCAAGGCCUUCCAGACAUGCGCAUCACACUUUGUUGUGUAUGUCUUCUAUGAAUUAGCCACACUGAUUAUAGUCGUUAACUACAGAUUUCCAUCCACCUCCCAAAACAUCAAUAAGUUUCUUGGCAUCCUGUUCAUCAUCGUCCCUCCGGCCAUCAACCCCAUCAUCUACGGGCUGGUCAGUAAGGACCUGCGCUCCAGCAUCAUCAAGCGUUUUUCUACCAGAACCGCUCGCAAGAACGAUCCGGAUGGUGUCAUCUUUCUGAUUUUUGACAGGCUAGUGCUCGUUUGGAUGGAGAACCUAACAUUCACUCCUCUCACUCAGCCGAUUGUGUUUGAACUGGAGGGCUUCGACGUUCCACCAGGACAUGGUCCGCUCUUCUUCUUCUUGGCCCUGUUUGCCUACAUGGUGGUGCUGCUGGGGAACGGUGUGGUGAUCUGUGUCAUCAUGACGGACCGGAGCCUGCACAGACCCAUGUUUGUGAUGAUCUGCCACCUGGUGGUCUGUGACCUGCUGGGCGCCACGGCGGUGCUUCCCAGCCUCAUGAUGCACUUCCUGAUGGGGCAGAAGAAGAUCAGCUACCUCCCAGCUAUUGCUCAGGGUUUCUGUGUUCACACGUACGGCGUUGCAAUGCAGACCAUUCUGGGAGUGAUGGCUGUUGACAGGUAUGUGGCAGUGUGUGAGCCUCUCAGGUAUCACUCCAUCAUGACUUCGGCUCGGCUGCACAGCUGCUGCGCUGUGGCCUGGAUCGUUGCGCUGCUGCUCAUCGCUGUGCUCUUCUCCUUCCACAUGAACGUCCCGCUGUGCGGCCAACUGGUCCAACAUGUCUACUGCAGCAACCGGGGCAUCCUGAACCUGGCCUGCAUUCCCACGCCUGCCAACAACAUCUACGGUCUGGCCAUGACCUGGUCUGUGAGCACCGGGGUGUUUGUCAUCAUUGCUUUUUCCUACAUCAGAAUCCUGAGUGCCUCCUUUAAACGGCAGAGGAGCAACAGCAGCGUUCACAGGAAGGCCUUGCAGACCUGUGUGCCUCAUCUCGUUGUGUAUGUGCUCUAUCAGAUAGCCUCAGUUAUCAUCAUUGUCAGUCUCAGGUUCCCCUCUGUCUCCCAGAACAUCAGGAAGUUCUUUAGCAUCCUCUUCAUCAUAGUUCCACCAGCUCUCAACCCCAUCAUCUACGGUCUGGUCAGCAAAGACUUACGAUCCGGCGUUACGAAGCUUUUCUCCUUGCAAGUCAUGAGAGUGUGUCACAAGGAGUGACACACACAGAUGUCUCCCAACAGAAACACCAAAAUGAUCAAACCCUGCAGAACACGCCGGAUGUUGUCUUCUCUUUGGGAACACAAAGAGAAGACUCUACAAAGAGUUUGGGAACUCUUAAUAAAGUCAAGACUGGCAUGUUGAAUCAAACCAAAGUAUCACACAGUUUUUUGUCCCUCUGUCUUCAGGCUUGGCAACAAAGACGUUGAAAUCUCCCACAAUUAUUAAACAGUCAGAAUCAAUGAAUACAAUGUCCACAUAUUUUGGGGUUUUGUGCAGAGUUCGUGUCGGAGCUUAUUUCCCAAAUAUUCAAGAGUCAAAUUUUCCCAGAAAAACCUUUUCACAGUUAAUGAAGCAUAAAAAUUGCAGCAACCCCUUUAUAUUUUCUAUUCUUACUUUAAAAUGUGUAAUUAGGAGGUGCUGCCACAAUUAGUACUGAUUUAUUAUUGUCAUCCAACAAUGUUUCUGUUGGAAACAUGCAAAGCCAAACACAACAUCCAUAAUAUUCUCAGUGAUGAAGUCAUGAAGCAGAACCUGAUGAUGAUCUUAUAUUUGACAGUGACUUUCUGCUGGAUAAUUGCUCCAGUUGAGGUUUGACUUUAUGCUGCAUUUAGUUUUUUCUGCUAUCUAUUAAUGUUCUCUCAGUGAUCUGGAUGCGUACUGUCCUGUUUCGUGCUGCUGGAGGCCUGAUGCUUUCUGGAAGAAUACACUGUAGAUGCUAAGCUAAUGUCUAAUGGUCUAUGGUAAAAACUUAAAUAAGACAAACUUGUAGAAAAGAAUAAAUAAACUAAAUAAUUAUCCCAGUUGAUAAAAUAAUUGUAUUGAUGACAAUCCACCACGAGUAGACACAGGUUGCCUCAUCGUUUGAACCAGCCAAUCAUUGACCUUCAUCAUUGUUAACGCGAUAAAAUAUGUUCUCACUGUGCGAUCAUUGGCUUUUCUCUGCGUGAAGAAGGACGGCAGUCGGCAGGACGGCUGUGUGACCAAGAAAUCCACUUCUGAAUGUUUGGAUAAACCAGCG